CUGAAAGCGAGCGUGAAGUGCGGCUGUCAGGAGGUGGUGCGGGGCGGUGCAGUUUUCGCGUUCCCCGCUCUAGUUAACGUAACCAAUUAAACCGACACGACACGUACUUAACCUGGCCGCUACGAGCGAUCGUAGCCCGCACCGUGGAAGCUGGCGCGCGAGACCAAGUACGACAUGAAUGGCUUCCAAAACGAAGGCGAGGAAGAGCGUCGAAGUAUCGUAGUCGACGGACCCGCGUCCAAACCCAGGGCUCCCGUCACGCGGCUGCUGAUAUGCACCACCAUUCUCUCGGCAGUCGGGGGUUUCCUCUUCGGCUACGACACGGGCGUCGUGUCCGGUGCCAUGAUUCAGCUGAGGAGCCACUUCCAGCUCAACUACCUGUGGCAGGAGCUCGUGGUUUCGGUCACCAUCGCGGGGGCAUGGGCGUUCGCGAUCGUCGCUGGCAUGGCGACGGACUCGUUCGGACGCAAACCCGUCAUACUCGUGGCCAGCUUCGUGUUUACGGUCGGCGCCUUGCUCAUGGGGCUAGCCUUCAACAAGGGAAUGCUCCUCGGAGGACGCCUCAUCGUCGGCGCGGGCAUCGGCCUGGCGUCCAUGACCGUGCCAGUCUACAUAGCCGAGGUGUCGCCGGCUGAGCUUCGAGGAUUCCUGGUCACGAUCAACCAGGUUUUCAUCACGGGAGGGCAGUUUGUUGCCAGCAUUGUCGAUGGCCUGUUCAGCAGCGACACUGAAAAUGGCUGGCGCUACAUGCUGGCCCUGGCGGGCGUGCCCUCACUGAUCCAGUUACUGGGUUUCCUGGGCAUGCCCGAGACCCCCCGUUGGCUUGCUAGUAAGGGCGCUUAUCAGGAAGCCAUCGAAGUGCUGCGACGCUUUCGCGGUCCCGAUGCCAACAUUGAGCCCGAGUUCGAAGCCCUCAAGGCCACCUGCAUCGACAACGAUCAAGACGAAGAACACUCUGGGUUCGUGCUGAUUCAAGUGUUGCGAGACGGCCCGCUGCGCCUGGCGCUCAUCGUGGGAUGUGCUCUGAUGAUGUUUCAGCAGAUUGCAGGCAUUAAUACUGUCAUGUAUUAUGGCGCUACAAUCAUACAAAUGUCGGGAGUGCACGACGCGUCCAAGGCGAUCUGGCUGGCUGCGGCAACGUCCUUUGUCAACUUUGCCUGCUCCUUCAUUGGUAUGGCGCUCGUCGAGAGGAUUGGCCGUCGUCUCCUCACCCUGCUCAGCCUUGCAGGUGUGAUUGCAAGUCUGUCGGUGCUUGCUGGGGGCUUUCAGCUCGCCGACAUGGAGUCUCCCUCUGUGGGACCCAGCAUAGUCCCAUCGUCUGGCAUUUGUGGCAAUUUCAGCACCUGCGCGUCCUGUACGGGAGCCUCGGCCUGCGGUUACUGUUACAUUCCGGGCGCUCCGACCGACAACUCCACUUGCCUCCCGGCGAACCCCAACAGCCUGGACGUCUCGCUGGUCGGGAGCUGCCAGCAGCCGACGGCAACGCCCUUUGUGUGGGCCUACAACUGGUGCCCGAGCCGCUAUUCCUGGAUGACCAUUUUGGGCCUGGUUCUCUACCUGUUCUUCUUCGCUCCCGGCCUGGGAGCCAUGCCCUGGACCAUCAACUCGGAGAUAUACCCGCUGUGGGCACGGUCAAGCUGUUUCUCGCUGGCUACUUCGGUCAAUUGGGGCUGCAACCUCCUGGUCUCCAUGACAUUCCUCACCCUGACUGAAGCGAUCACAAAAUAUGGCACUUUCUGGCUGUAUGCCGGGCUCUCGCUGCUCGGCUGGUUCUUCUUCUUCCUCUUUCUGCCGGAGACGAAGGGCAAGUCCUUGGAAGAAGUCAGCGACCUCUUUGCACACCCCUGGUGGAGCGACUCGACAACGCGUGACAACAAGAAGACCGUGCAGUAUGUGCACAUUCGUGGCAUCAACCAGGCUUACACCACAGAUGACGGAGACUCCGGAGAGGAAGACCGCUAGAAGACUUGCACCAACUGCUAAGUGUUGCUGCUACUGGAGUGUAGCUAGGCUGCGCUUUGGUGCCAUUGUCAUUUGCGUAAGAUGAUCCCGUAUGUUCGACAUGUGGGGUCAACAUACCAUAGUCUACAGACUGCAGCGCAAUGUCGACAGGUUGUAGGUUUGCCUUGCAUACCGUGCUCGAAGACUAGUUUGUAGACCAUGGUUUGUAAACCAUAAGUUGUGGCCUAUUGUCUAGAGGUCACGGUCCGCAGGCCAUAGCCUUGAACUGUGGUCAGCAGACCAGGUGUGCAUAGAAAACUGUGAUCUAUAGACCGUGGUGAGUGGAAUGUGGUACGUAGCUUCUAGAUGCUGGUGUGAGCCAUGUACCACACUGACCAGAGUCAAGUGUGCCAGUUAAAGUCUGCACGCCUCUGUCUACCGACAAUGGUUUAUCUCAGACUGGCUGUGAUCUGUAGAUCAUAGUGUGCUGAGUGUAGUGCAGUAUCUGUACACUGUAGACCACUAUCCCCACCAUAUUCUGUAGACCACAAUGUUCAGGCUAUGGUCUGUGGAUUGUAGUCUAUAGACUGUCUAGUUGGCAGGCUAGAAGUUCGUGGUCAGUCAUGCUGUUGAGUAUAGACCACACAUUCAAUUACAGAGCUUGCUAGCCCAUGGGCUGGCAUGCCUCAGACCCCGGUGGGCGCAUAUGUUUGCAGGACAUUUUUAUCAGCGUGUCGGGACCUGACCGUGGAAGCCACUGUAUCAAGAACUCGAACCGGAAAACAACUUGCAAGUUUUCUUACACAGAGUUGUUCUCAAGGGUAUUAACUGCUGCGCGAACAAUCAUGCUGUCUAUUGUGCAAUGUAGUUCUAGGAGGACACGCCAGUCCAUAGGCUAGCUGUUGCUUCCUUGGGAACUUGGGUCAUUGUCCUGUGGUACGAUUUAUCACACAAAUCUCCAUAUUUAAUUUCUCAGAGCAUCUUUCACGUGACAGCAUCUUGAAAACUGUAGCCAUCGCACAAGGCCUGAUGGCCAGAAAAUGACUCAUCGGCUGAACAUGUGCCCUAAAUGUUUUGUUCGGACUGCCCUUGCAGGGGAGUGCAUUCAUGCUUUGUACCGUGCUCCGUAACUGAUAGCAGAACAAACUAGUGUUCAAAUUCUCUGAUGGAUUCUAAAUGAAUAUCAAGGAUAUGAAUGAAGGCAUUGGUUUUUUUUGUAACAUUUGUUCCACAGGGCACUGGCCUGACAUUUCCUUUGUUCAUUCAAACGGUGGUUGAGGAUACCGAAAUCUCGGUCAUUGUGUGGGGUCUAGUUGAUGCCCGAGUGAAAAUAUUGUUGAAGUUAACAUUUUCAAUCACUAUCUUUCUUACACGUGCUCUGCACGCCUGGAAGAUGGAGAACCAGUUUGCUCGACCAUUUUUGUUUACUAUUUGAAGCUUUCGGCCCACUUUUGGGCUGUCGUUUGUAUAGUCUUGUUAGGUUUUGCAGUUUCUCUGAAACCGGCCCAUGUCGAAACUGGCUUUUUGCUGGCAGGAAGCCAGUAGUCUUAUGCUGUCUGCCGAGAACCUUGUUUACGUGUAGUUGUUAUCCAGGCACAGACAUUUCUUUUUUGUUCCACGCGAAGGUGUGUACGGCAGACUACAAGUGUGAUACUAGUCACUGAUGAUCAGGGUGUGUGUUCUAGACAAUUUGUAGUGAUUGGGUCCGUGAGCGCUGCUGUUGCAGGCUGUUGAUCGAAAUGGCAUCACUGUUUAGCACGGUUAGUUUUGCAAUACAUUACCACUCUUCAUGCACUGCAAUGCUUUUGAAUUAAUCGCAAUGCCUUGCGUUUGAAUGCACAACCAAGAUAUGUCUGUAAUAGCAGCCUGAAAUUGCAACGCUCCAGCAUUGUCUACAAAUUGUCCUUACGGAUUGCGCUCCUGUGAGUUUGAUGCCUUUUGCAGUGAUCAACAGCCAUGAUUGCUGUGCUUUUCACGAACAAAGAUUCUAAACUUACGCCGGAUACCCCGUCAGGGGUGCCAUGAACAUGCAAAAGAUUUUUUACCUGUGUGAGGUGUUCGAAAAAUUGGGCGUUUUGAGAUAUUGAGUUAUGAUGCGGUUGUUGCUUUAGAGGCAGAAUUUGUCAUGCAGGGCUUCAUGUUACCGAAACGUUAUGCGAUCAACACACGAUUGCUAUCAGUGCAUCGCGCUCUCUCGCUUCUCAUCUGAGAAACAUGGCAAUAAGUUCGUUGCCAUGUUAGAAUGUUUAUGCCUUUAUGUGUAUUGCAAUAAUUUUAGCUACCCCGAUUGUAACGCGUUUCACAGAUUGUGGUGCAUUAAGCAACACUCCAACUUGCUUCAUAUGAUAACGAGUUAACAGACUCCUUCAUUUAUUGCCUACCUGAGUGCGUCAUUCCAGUUCAGUCAAUAUUAUUUUUGCAGCCCAGAGUGAUUGUGUAUGUAGUGUAGAUAAGCACAUGUGUGCUUUUAGGGGCUUAUCAUAAGACUCGUGGGUUCGUUUAAACAUUGAUGAUUGUGAGCCGCAGUUACCGAAAACUUCUCUUGCUAGUUGGUUUUCAUUUUUUGGAUGUGAACUAGCAGUAUGCAGUGCAGCUUGUUCAGUGGGCCUUCACUCUGACGACACUGUCCAGAUUAUUUCACUGCUACGGUCUUGUUUUAUGGCGUGUGCUUCUUAAAGACUCACUUUAAUGGUUUGUGUCCGAAACGUCAGAUUGCAAACAGUUUCCAGAACAAGGUUCUUUUGUGAUACAAGUCAGUCUUAUACAAAUGUCAGAUUGUUAGAUAUAUUAUGACUCGAAAGGUAUAUGUGCCAGUUUUAUGAGAAAUCUCGGUACGCGCACAAAAGCCCAGAGUUUGCACACGUUUGUGCGGAUAAUAAUAACAAGCUCCAUGUUUCUCGUUGAGCUUACAGCUUGUUGUCGAGGAUCGGUGACUUCAUGUUUUUGAAGCAUGUUUUCGAAGCAUGCAGAAAUUUCGCUGAUCAGAUGUUUCAUUGUUAUCUUCUUUUGUCACUUGUUGGAAUGCUGGCUAAGGCCAAGCCGACACUAGUCACGCCGAGAGUCGCUGAGACUAGCAGCGAAUCAGACUUUUAUUUCAUUAUGCAUAAGUCGGCUCGAUGCACGUACCAAGCAAAGUUAGCGAGAACAAAAACCUGGUCACUUUCUUUCGUUGUCCGUGACCGCUUAUCAUUUGUGGGCGAGGUUGCAUUCGUAGAAAGGUGAGCACAUUUGAAUGUCGAAACCAGAUUAUAAGAUGGUCUCAGAUUUCGAAAAUAACAUGCUCCAUGAUUGCUGCCAUUAGCGUUAGCUUUUACCGAAGUGAUCGCAAGGCAUAGUCGAAACUUUUCACUAAAUCGAGUGCUGCUUGCAUUCCUCACUGUCCUCGCCCUAUCACUCAUGACAUACAUAACGAAAUCAGCCUUCCCAAAAGUGCCAUUGCGUAGACCCCCAAGAAUAGUGGCAAAAAACCAGCGAUGAAACCAACUGUGCUGUUAUAUUGCACGCUCGAGAUUUUAUCGUCCUUGAGCUUGUAGGGAAAGUGGAGACUACGGAAUAUUUGUACUGCAAAUAACUGCACGGAUGUGCCGAGACGCGUAGUAAAGCCGAGCAUCUUGAAGGGGCUGCACUGAUGACGAAGUUACAAGGUGGGAAAGAUGAUGUUCAGUAACAGCUCGCCCAAACGCCUAUUAUUCUACAGUAAAACCGCCUUUCAGCCUAGGUUCGUGUUCAGCUAUGAACUGUCGCCUCCUUAUCCUAGCUGGAUAUUCCCCUCUUGUUCCUAGCUAUCAUCGCGGUCACUGUACAUCAGACGGGAAGUCAGGGUUGACAGAUGCUGUGGUAGUAGAUAAUGUUUCGCGCAGAUUGCAUGCAACCUGUUUGCACUAAGAUACAUGUUGACCAUAGACGCUGUGUUAUGAUGAGCAUAACACUUGAUAGCGCCAGUCUGCGUGCUGUGUGCCCAUGUUGACGCGAGCGUGAUCAUCAUCAUAGAUAAGCUAUGCGCCUUGCUUUCAUAUGGGGCUGCCGCAUUUCACUAGUUUUCAAGUAUUUACUAACUUGAUAGCAGCUCCGCCUAAGGAAUGUGUACUUCAUAAUCGGUGCAGGUUUGUUGGACUUCGCGAAAGUUUGUUGGAGUGUCAGAGCUUUGAGCAAAUAUCUCUUCAAUUCUUGCGCACCUUUUCAUGUUAAAGGAGGUUUGCAAAUUUCAAGCAGUGAACGAUUUACUGUUGCAGCAAUCCUAGGGCAGUAUUGAGGUUGCUCAGCUCGGCAACCUCAGUACUGCGACAUGCUGGCAGUCUUGGUUGACGAUGUGUCUUGGAGUAUUCUUACUCACACAUUCGUGACCUUGUGCUAAAGUUAGAUUCAUCUUGCGUUUGCCACGAACAUGAGCAUGGGUGUUGUCACGUUCAUGUCAACAGGGGCAUACAGCCGCAUUGGUAUUACUUUCGUUCUCAUGCAGCAAUCAUCAUGCAGGCACUUAUCUGUCGAGCAAACAUAUAGAGAGAGUUUCGUAGCCCACUAACAACCUCCGUGCUAGCGACAUUGUAGGUACUCCUAUGCCCGGAUGUUUCUCUUACAUCUUGUAUUUCUCGCAUCUUGAUAACGGGCACAUCAAUGGGAAUCGAGUGUUCAUAACAAAAAUGUAUUGAGAACUGUCGCCUAGGCUGAAGGCAUCGUACCACUGAAGAUGCGAGUUCCUGGUGUGUGACCUCGGGGGUGGGCUAACCUGCUUGUCUGUUACAAGGCACUCGAAGUUCAGCUGUCCAUGCUGGCAAUUCGUCGAAGGCAACCAGUCUUUCCCAAGGUGAAAUCGGUCGUGCACCUUUAAAAUAUGAAAGCAUGACGAGUGAAGUGCACGUUGCAUGCAACUUGUCUUGCUUAAUGGCAAGUAAGGCGUGCACUUUGUGGAACAUGUUAGGGGCGACAAAGUAGCGAGCGCUUUUCAAAGCUUUUUAAUAGGCUGCUUUAAUAGCCAACUUCAUGACAUCAGUAUUGAUUCUUUUGCUAUGUUUUUCUGAAUUACUGACAAGUUAUUUUGUGCAUUCCAGAGCCUUUUCGUUUAACUUUUACAUUUGUGAUAUAUAUUGAAGCGGUCCAAGGUUUUAUAUCGUUUCAUUUGUCUUUUGUAUUUCGUGUUUUGUUUCUCGCACAGUAUGUUGGCCUGUGUAAUAUCUGAUGUUUUUAUUUCAUGCGUGCUUCAGAGUUCUCUCUGAAGUUGUAAAUAGUGAGGUGCUCUUUCUGUGACACCUGGACACUUAGCCGUGGCGUAGUUGCGGUGGUGUUCGAUUUCUAUUGAUUUUGUAGAGAUUUCUAGCAUGGUGUUUUUUAUGACCAUCGAAAGCACAUCCCCAUUACGAGCUAUACCUACCAGCAGCAAUAACACUAACCACUUGUCUGUGGCAGCUUUAACCGGAUGGUUUAUAAACCCCCACUUCCUCAUCCUUCCCAACUUUUCCAAGCAGGCUACUCUUUUGAAAUAGUUUUUCCUUUGUUGCCCUUACUUGCAGUCGCACUGUAAAGUAAGAAAAACAACAAGCAGAUAUGCACUAUAUUUACAAAGUAUGCAGUUACAGACACGCAAGACAGAUCACACUUCCCAACACCUAUCACUGUCUUAAUCGCUUUCUUAAUCCUGUUUGUCGAGAUGACCCUGGCGAACCGUGUGAUAGCACGGUCAAUGCUGACAUGGCUGCCAAGUUUCAACGUUGCAUUGAUGUGGCUUGCCAUGUUAGUGCGAUUCUCCCAGCAUUACUUUGCACUUGCUUGUCCAAAGACUACAAGGAAGCACCAACGUCGUUUGUAAUUUAUUUUUAGAGCACUAGUUUAAUAGAUAAGGGUUUGCCCCCUGUGCAGCUCUGGGCGAGUUGUCUCACAGCCGUCACUCUGAACGAGACUCAAUUUCGUUAUCGGGCUCUCUCAAUGCUCGGUUAAUUAAGCUGCUUGCCAAGGCCUCCACAACCUUGACAAUGGAUAAAAAAAGGUUCGGCUGAUAUUGGCCCACAUUGAGCAACGUGUACUGGCGAAGGGCCAAUAUCGGGCUAACAUUGGCCCCGCCUUUUUGCCGUCAUUCCAUGUCGACGAGGUGAGAGUUCACCACUUGGACCGAGCAUAGCGAGAGAUUCGCCGAGACAUGUCUUUUGAUAAGAUUUGUGUAGGACCAUGGGACUAGAGUGGCUUUCAGUUAAAGCGGAAGAGAAUUGAACCACGUUAGUUGCAUAUUUUGUAUCAAAGUUUGAAAUGAGUGCUCUCACCAAAAGAAAAGUGCCCAAAGUACGGCCGUCUACUUUAUCUUACCUUUUUGUUUGUCGUCUCGCAAGAAUCGCGUCGAAGUUGGCGCCGUCGUGUCGUUUGCAACACCGACUACCGCAUUUUUUUUUUCUCGUCUUCGGAGGGAGGCUCGGACUUCAUCAACAUUCAGCCAUCGCGGUGUAUUCAUUAUGGGUGUGCUGACACGACCAAGCUGUUCGCUCGAAGCUACGGACCUGAGUGCGUCUCUGGUUUAGACGCUCGCAGGUUGAAGGAGCGCGUUACCCUUUAUUGGGCAGUUUUCUGGUGCUUUCAGCAUUUUCGACAAAGAAUGUUUAAUGUUUUUCAGCAUAAGAAAGUAGUGUGUAUCGUUUAGGAUAGCAGUCAUUUCUUUUUUUUUUUUUCUGAUGUUUUCUUAUUACGACUGCACUCUAAGCUAUACAGUACUCUUAGAUACUUUCCGCCCCCACGGUGGUGUUGUUGAAAGUGAUGUACUGUUGCCCCUUCAUAGUACUAAUACACAAUUGCACCAGCAGUGAGAAUCUAUAGCACUUUGUAUAACAAUAAUAACGUUGUCUAGAGGUCUUGUUGUGAUGUGAUUGCAGAGUCUAUUUGCCCGUUGUUUCGAAGGCUCGCAUUUGUACGGCUUUCCCACUUCCGCAACGCAAUUCAGGGUGUUACGCGUAGUGUUGAAGGUGGUGACCGUGCAUUACUGAGGCGGUCAAUGUGUGUGAAAGAAAAAGAAGAAAACGAGAAUACUGGCAGGCAAUUUUGCACCUACAUGUUUUGUGCAGGGGUUGUUGCGUGCACGAAAAUCAAAGUGGUGUGACGCUCAUGUCGAAGACAAUGUGCACCAAACAUUUGUCGUCCUUUUUGGUUAAUGAAGCACUGAACAACGAACGUUGGUGGAAUGAAGGAAUGUUGAUGAAGGGCACGAUGCAACAGUUGGAGGAGUGGUAAUCUAGUCCUGAAACAUCAGAAAAAUGUGUGCAAGAAUGCUUGAAAAGGUGUUAGAGGUAAAGAAAAGCCAAUGAAUUGAAAUGCAGAUUUGCCAAAUGUAAGGAAUUUGAAGAGGAUUAUUAUAGCCACAAGGCGUAUCUUUUUAUGAUUCUCCAUUUAUGUCCUUUUCCUCGCACACCUCCAAAUCGGACACAUUGCUGGUUUGGUCGAAACCGUUAUAAAAUCUUUCACCGUUAAACUGUUAUAGAAUCUUUUUACUAUAUUGCACAUCCAUCUCUCCUUCAUUCUGCUAACCUCCCAUAUUAGUGCAGUGCAUUUGAAAUGGUUAUAGCCCUUACCAACACCUAACCAGUCAAACUUAUCACAUUGGUGGCAGUACGUAUUGCUGCAGUGUUUGUUGGGCUAUUGGAAGGCACGCUAGUUCUGCUGUUUGUGUCAACACUGCACAAACACGUUAGCGAACAAAGGCUCGAAGAAGCUGAAGGCAAACGGUUUAUUACAGCAAACCGAAAUAGUAAAGCCGCUUUCGGAAAAAAAAAAAAAAAAAAAGGCGUCGCCCGUGGCAGCCACGUCUCCUCCGUAGGCACAAUCCCGACUACCGGAUGCAUUGUUCAAUGCGGCAGCAAUAGUUUCCCGUGCACUUGUUUUUGUCUUGUCGGUUCACGGACAGCUUUGUACACUCUUUCUUGUGUAUACCUGUACGUUGCGUGGCAUUAAAAGCACUUCGCAAACGUG